AUGGGUAUUGAUUUAAAGGCAGGUGGUCGUGUCAAGAAGACUCAAUCUAAGAGAACUCGUUCAACAAACCCAUAUCGUAUAUUGUUGUCAAAACUCUAUACAUUCUUGGAUCGUAGAACAAACUCUUCUUUUAACAGCACUGUUCUCCAUCGUUUAAAGAUGGCUAGAAGAUUCCAGGCACCUAUCUCUGUUUCUCGUCUUGUCAGUUUCAUGAACGGAAAAGAGGGCAAGAUCGCAGCAGUAGUUGGUACCGUUACUGAUGACACUAGAGUCUUGAAGAUCCCAAAGUUGACAGUUUGUGCUUUAAGAUUCACUGAGACUGCCAGAAAGCACAUUGAAAAGUACGGAGGAGAGUGCUUGACUUUUGAUCAAUUAGCUUUAAGGGCUCCAAAGGGUUCUAAUGUUGUCUUACUCAGAGGAAAGACAAAGGCUAGAAUUCAGGAGAAAUACUUUGGUAGAGCUCCAGGUUUGCCAAAGAGCACAUCAAGACCUCGCGUACAAUCAAAGGGACGCAAGUUUGAGAAGGCAAGAGGUAGAAGAGCCUCCAGAGCAUACAAGGCAUAA